UAGUUACUGUCGCUCCGCCGCCGCGUGAAGUCAGAUUCCUCCGAGCGCUCAAACGAACAGCACGCGACACUCGCCGGAAAAAAAAAACAAGUACAAUAAGUAGUGGGAAAUUCGCACAAGAAGGAAGAAGAAGCAGCAGCAGACGAAAGGGACGAACGGCGAAGCAAAACAAAUCGAGCGACGAAUAGCGGUGUGCAACGAAAUGAAGGUCUGCUGCAUUGGCGCUGGUUAUGUCGGCGGUCCGACCUGCGCGGUUAUGGCGCUCAAAUGCCCCGAUAUCGUGAUAACCCUGGUGGACAAGAGCUCCGAGCGGAUUGCCCAGUGGAAUUCGGAUAAGUUGCCCAUUUACGAGCCCGGCUUGGAUGAGGUGGUGAAGAAGUGCCGCAAUGUGAACCUCUUCUUCUCCACGGACAUCGAGACGGCCAUCAAGGAGGCGGACCUCAUCUUCAUCUCGGUCAACACGCCCACAAAAACCUGCGGCAAUGGCAAGGGCCGAGCGGCGGACCUCAAGUAUGUGGAGAGCGCAGCGCGGAUGAUCGCCGAGAUCGCGCAGUCCAACAAGAUCGUGGUGGAGAAGAGCACGGUGCCCGUGCGGGCGGCGGAGAGCAUCAUGCACAUACUGCGGGCGAACCAGAAGCCGGGCAUCCACUACGACAUACUGUCCAAUCCCGAGUUCCUCGCCGAGGGCACCGCCAUCAAUGACCUGCUGAAUGCGGAUCGCGUGCUGAUCGGCGGCGAGGAGACGCCCGAGGGCCACCAGGCGGUGGAGAAGCUGUCGUGGAUCUACGAGCACUGGAUACCCAAGCAGAACAUACUCACGACCAACACGUGGAGCAGCGAGCUGUCCAAGCUGGCGGCCAACGCAUUCCUCGCCCAGCGAAUCUCCAGCAUCAAUUCGCUGUCGGCGGUGUGCGAGGCCACGGGCGCAGAUGUCUCCGAGGUGGCGCGGGCCGUGGGUCUGGACUCUCGCAUCGGUUCCAAGUUCCUGCAGGCGUCGGUGGGCUUCGGCGGCAGCUGCUUUCAGAAGGACAUCCUCAAUCUGAUCUACAUCUGCGAGAACCUCAAUCUGCCCGAGGUGGCCGCCUACUGGCAGCAGGUGAUCGACAUGAAUGAGUACCAGAAGCGUCGCUUCUCGCAGAAGAUCAUCGAGAGUCUGUUCAACACGGUGUCGGACAAGCGGAUAGCGAUCCUGGGCUUUGCCUUCAAGAAGAAUACGGGCGACACGCGCGAAACGGCCGCCAUAACCGUGUGCCAAACGCUGCUGGAGGAGGGCGCCGCGCUGGAUAUCUACGAUCCGAAGGUGGAACCCGAGCAGAUCAUCGACGACCUCACGCAUCCCAGUGUCACGGAAUCGCCGGAGAAGGUGAAGAAGGCGGUGCAGAUCCACAGUGAUCCGUACAGUGCAGUGCGUGCCACACAUGCGUUGGUCAUCUGCACGGAAUGGGAUGAGUUCGUCGAUCUGGACUUUAAGCGCAUAUACCAAUCGAUGAUGAAGCCGGCUUACAUUUUCGACGGCCGCAAGAUUCUCGACCACGAGCGACUGCAGCAGAUUGGCUUCCACGUCCAGACCAUCGGCAAGAAGUACCAGCGCACUGGACUGCUCCGCUCGUGGGGCAUUGUGCCGCAGCUUUAGGCGCGUCGGUCGGCGGAGGUGGUGGCAUUUACACUUAAAGUUGGCGAAAUUUCCAGUAUUUGCGAGACUAAAUUGUAAAUAUCCGUAUUCUUUUCUGUAGCUGAGUGUGUGUUAGAUUGGGUCGAUUAAGCUUAAGUUGAAGCAUGUUUUUGGAGAAUAGGAUCGUUUCCAAGAAAUCAUUUCAAAUCAUUAGCGGACUCUGUCAAUUUUAAGUGAAAAGUUAAGUUGAAUUCUUGCAUUUUGUACAUUAGUUUCUAAAGGAUAUGAGCUUUUAAAACAUUUCUGUAUAUAACUAGAAAGCGAAAUACUUAUUUGAACAACAUAAGGCAAUGAUUAACCACAAAGUUAUAAAACGUAGCGUAACUUUUUAUGAUCAGACAAUAUAAUAUUAUUUAGCUUUCCCCAUAUCGACCCAAACUAACGAGUGUGUUUCUAAAUAGUUAAAGUAUUCAACUAGGCACACCCGCAAGGGAAACCCUCGAACCGUAUUUGUAUUCAUAUUCUUAUUCCCCUGUCGAUCCGCCACUCGAGGAUCGGUAGUUGCAAUAUUAAGUCCCUGCAGGACGAAUCCCCUCCUGCGGCGGGCCAAUAAAAACCAGCAUUUACACGAGAGCAUGUAAAUUUUUAUAA